UGUAGACCUUAAGUUCAGAAAAAUAAUUUUGAGAGUUCCACAAUACUUUCAGCUGGCAGCAGAUAUAGAGAUAGAUAUGGCAGCGUCUGCCACAGCGAGCGGAGCUCCCAAGCUCUACUACUCAGCUUCCCAAUACGGCCAUUCGAAGCCUGCUACAAAGAUAGCAAUGGGUACCAUCCAGUUCUACAUUCAGAACAACGUUAACUUCCCAAGGAGAAGUGCCCAAUGGUCUUUUCCCAUCCGAGCUCUCGACCCGCAAAGAGGGGAAGAAGAAGAGCAGGAGGAUUCAAGCAAGAAUAACAAAACCGGUGCUAUUACCUCUCAGGAAGAUUUGGAAUAUUUGUGGAAAUUGGUAGCUGGGUCAGUUGUAGGUGCAGCUGUACUCAAGUAUGGAAGCGCUGUUUUUCCAGAGAUAACCAGACCGAACAUUGCACAAGCUCUGAUUAUGAUAUCAGCUCCUGUCAUUGUUGCUGUUUUCCUUUUGAUCAAGCAGAGUCGUGCAGAGAGAUGAAGCUAGGAACCCAGUCGUGUAUCAUGCUCAUCGACUGGGAUUCUAUUGUGUAAAGGAUUGUUAUGAUUUGUUAUAUGGGAACUAGUUAGGUGAUUUCA